AUGGAAGCAGUUUAUCCUGUUUUCAGUGUAUUUGCAUUGUUUAGUCUACACUUGUUUAUGUACAGAUGCAAUUUGUAUAUGUGGAAAGCGACAAGAAUAAAUCAUAAUUUCAUAUUUGAAUUCUCACCGACCACGGCGCUAAAGCAUAGAGAUGCUUUUCUGAUUUGUACUGUCUUCAUGACUGCUGUGGUUGGAGCGAUGGUCUUGCACCUUCUUCUAAGGGCUGCGGGGUUUUUUCCUGGCAAUGUUGACGCCAUUCUCGGAAUUAUACUUCUGUUUUUCAUAGCUAUGCUCAUUUGCCCAUUAGACAUUUUCUAUCGUCCAACUCGAUUCUGCUUCAUCCGCGUUCUUCUGGUGGAUUUUUUUAUGGCUGAUCAACUAACUAGUCAGAUACCAUUGCUAAGACAUUUGGAAACAACGAGUUGUCACAUUUUAUCCCGGGUUUUCAAAACGCACCACCCUGAAACCUGUAGUUCCGGAAAAUUAUACAUGGAAAUAACCUACAUUAUCUCAUUUUUGCCAUAUUUUUGGCGUGCCCUUCAGUGUGUAAGAAGAUGGUAUGAUGACAGUGAUGUUGCGCAUUUGGCGAACAUGGGGAAGUAUAUCUCUGCAAUGGUUGCAGGAGGAGCUAGAGUAACAUAUGGAAGACAAGAUAACAAUAUAAUGUUUUUUAUUGUUAUAAUCACAUCUGUGACAGCUACAAUGUAUCAACUGUAUUGGGAUUUUGUCAAAGAUUGGGGAUUUCUUAAUCCUAACUCAAGAAAUGCAUGGCUAAGAGAUGAUUUAGUUUUGAAGAAUAAAAGCAUAUACUACAUGUCUAUGGCAUUAAAUGUUGUGUUAAGAGUGACUUGGACAGAAACUGUUAUGCAUUUCAAAGUUGGGCCUAUUCAAACAAGGUUGUUGGAUUUUAUGUUAACUUCAUUGGAUUUUAUGUCUACCGAAGAUUUUAUAUUGGUAAUUUAA